AUGCUAACCUGUACCUCUGUCUCUCAGGCUCGAGCUAUCCCUCCUCCGUUCGGGGCAUUCUCGCCCUUCGUCUUCCCGGGACCUCAACAGCCUGGUUUUGGUGGCUUUGCAGGGAGAGAUCCGCACGCACCUGCUCAAGCAGGCAACUUACAAGACCUGUUCUCGAUGAUCUUGCAGUCAAUGCAACCGGCUGGCGCUGGCCCCGGCCAACAAAUGCACCCUGAUAAUGAUGGAUUCCGGGGUCAGGAUCAUCCCCAACAUCCAUUCGACCUUCUUAAUCAAAUCUUCAAUGGUGGUACCGGACGUCAGGGAGACAUGGUCUUCUCUCAGGACGCCUUCGAUCGAGUUAUGUCACAGCUAAUGGAGCAGAAUGGUGGGAGUAACGCUCCCCCACCUGCAUCGGAAGAAGCCAUACAAUCACUGGAGAAGAAAAAGGUUGACCAGGAGAUGUUGGGGGCAGAAGGCAAUGCAGAAUGCUCGAUCUGUAUGGAUGACGUUGUCCUGGGCCAGGAGGUUACAGUCCUACCGUGCAAACACUGGUUUCAUGGUGAUUGUGUGACCGCGUGGCUGAAGGAGCAUGAUACUUGUCCACACUGUCGAAGUCCUAUUUCCCCACGCGAUCAGAACCAGAACCAGAACCGACAGUCCGGACCAUCGAGGCGAAGUGCCAGUCGACGAGCAUCCUCAGUUUCAAGUCCGCGAGCACCACCAGUAGAAGGCUCCAGAUACAAUCCCAUCCACAUACCUGAGAGCCCCAGUGAGCUUCGAGAAGCGAGGCGGCAAUAUUAUGGAAGUCCACGCGGGAGUCAAAUGGACCGACCCGAGACCAUUCAACCUUCAAGUAGCCAUGACGUGCGAAGGCACAGAUCGGGGAGUGGCAGUGGAAGCAAUGGAGCAAGUAGAAAUCAGGCCAGUGGGGGAGUGUCAGGAUGGAUUCGAGACCAUAUGCCUUUCACUUGA